AUGUCUUUACAUGACGAUGACAACCUUGACGCCGAUGAUGUUUUACCAUUUGCUGAUUAUGAAAUUGCUGCUGAAGUUCAUGUUGAUCGUCCGACUUUUCAUAACUCAAAACACAGUAAUAUUACAAGAUUAUCAAAGAAAUCAAAAAAGAAACAAUCCAAUGUUGAUAGUAAUAAUGGACCUGUCAAGCUACACUACACAUCGUCUUCUGUAUAUUUUGAAAAUACGCAAGAAGAAAAUAAUUUCAUAAAAUUUAUUCCAUAUACAGGACCAAGUAAUACAUUACAUCUUGGGAAGUCGCUUUAUCUUCCACAACUAAUAUCAAAUACGGUUGAUGAUUCAACAGCUAGUUUUCAGCGUUUUAUUCAAGAUUAUGAUCGAGUAAUAGAAUCUCUAACAUCUUCAUUGGAGAAUGUGUCUCUUUCUGUUUAUUUACGUUUUGGAAUUUCGUACAUAACAAAAAUGGAUACUACCCGUGAUCAAUCAAUGUCACUUAGAGAUUUUUCUAUUCUUCGAAUUCAAGGUAAAAAAUUUAAAACAUCAUUCUAUACAUGCAAAGGUGUCACUUCACCAAAACGUCUUCUAACAACAAUUAUUAAACUUGAUUAUCAUCAAAUAUCAUCAAAUACAUAUUCAUAUGAGGUACAAUUAUAUGGAGUAAAGAAUAAUAUACAUACUAUUAUUCAUUUUCAAUAUGACCAACAAUUUUACUGUCACUCGGUAUUUUUUCGACAAGAUUAUCCGAUUAAUUUUGAUUUUAUCCGUAAUAAAACAUCAAGUAUAUUUUGUUCCAUCGAUGAUUCGUAUUCUGAUAUAUUCGAUUUUCGCAUUCAAUUAGCACGAGGAACAAAAUUAUCAAAAACUGAUCCUAUUGUUUUGAAUGCAUUACGUGGUGUACCUAUCGAUCGAGUCUUAUAUAUUGACACAAAAACUCAACUUUUACAUGUUUCAUCAAAAUUAAACAAAUUUGUUAAAUAUUUAAAAAGUACCCGUUCAAGUAGUUAUAAAAAUUUUGAUGACCAAUUUGUUAUUCAUAUUGGUACAUAUGAAGAAUUUCAAUUAAAUAGUCAAGGUGAAUGUGAACCAUUAAUGAAAGCUUCGAAUACAAUGACAAUUGAGUUACUUGAUGUAAAAACGAAACCAUCAGGGAAAAAACUUUAUGAUACUGGAAUGUGGUUUUCUACAUUAUGUCAAACGUGUGUUGAUUUACCUACAACAACAAUAGGAGAGCAUUCUAGUAAAUCAUGCAAGUGGUUUUCAAGUACAUUUGGAUGGGGAAAGAAAUAUAAUCAAUCCAUAACACAAAUGAAUGUUAGCCAACUAACAACAUAUAAAACACAUCAAUCGAACGCAACUUAUACAAAUGAAGAAUUAGUACUUGUAAAAAAAAUUUUAAGUGAAGAAAAUCUACGAAAUGUUUUACUUAAUAGAAAUAAGGAGAAAUCUAAUGAUAAAAAUGAUAUUGAACAAACGUUUGAAGAUAUUAUGAAAAUAUUGAAAGCAAGCGUUGCACCAUCAGCUGAUGAAGCUAUCAAAAAAGUUGAACGAGCAUAUCGUCUUAUAUGUAAAGAAUUAGUACAGUCAUAA